CGGCGGGGAGAAAGCAAAAUGGCUGCGGCUGCCCGGGGGUGCGGUGGGGUUUGGUGUCGGGUGUGGCAGCGUGGAGCUGGAGGUUCCGCCCCCCGCGGGCAGCGCGUUGUUGCCGGUAGUGCGAGAGGCGUGGCUGUACCGGCGGGGAAGAGCGGUCUUGUUCCAUGGGUACCAGUUGUUGGUCUGGAAAUUCAUGCACAGAUCAGUUCCAACUCAAAACUCUUCUCUGGAUCCCAAGUCCAGUUUGCAGCACCUCCUAACUCUGUGGUAUCUUUCUUUGAUGCUUCUUUACCAGGAACUUUACCAGUUAUCAACAGAAGAUGUGUAGAAGCAGCAGUGAUGACAGGCCUGGCACUCAAUUGCAGCAUAAACAAGAGGUCCUUGUUCGACAGAAAACACUAUUUCUAUGCAGAUCUGCCUGCUGGCUAUCAGAUCACUCAGCAAAGAGUUCCUAUUGCAGUGAAUGGAACUUUGUCGUACAGUCUCUGCACAGACAACAAAAUGAGCCAGAUGGUAACCAAAACUGUGAGGAUUAAACAAAUUCAGUUGGAGCAAGACAGUGGGAAGAGUCUUCAUGAUGACACAAGGAGCCAGACUCUUGUUGACUUGAAUAGGGCUGGAGUUGGCCUCAUGGAGGUUGUCAUGGAGCCUGAUAUGUGCUGUGGGGAAGAAGCAGCUGCAGCAGUCAGAGAGCUUCAGCUCAUUCUUCAAACGCUUGGGAGCAGCCACGCAGUCAUGGCAGAGGGUCAGCUGAGAGUGGAUGCCAAUGUUUCUGUGCAUCACCCUGGAGAGCCUUAUGGAGUGAGGACUGAAGUGAAGAAUAUCAAUAGCGUACGAUUCCUGGCAAAAGCAGUAGACUAUGAAAUACAAAGGCAAAUUGAAGAACUUGAAAAUGGAGGAGCAAUUCUGAAUGAAACAAGAGCCUUUGAUUCCAGGCUUGGGUGCACUGUACCAAUGAGAGACAAAGAAGGAAAACAGGAUUACCGCUUCAUGCCAGAGCCAAACCUUCCUCCAUUGAUUCUGUAUGAUACAAAAUCUUUGCCAGCUAAUAUGAACCAUCAGCAAGUGGUAAAUAUUGAUUGGAUUCAUGAGAGACUUCCUGACCUCCCCAGUGUGAAGAGAGCAAAGCUUGUUGAACAGUAUGGGAUUCUUCCUGAACACAGCUUCACCUUAUUGAAUGAAGAUGGAUUAACAGAAUUCUUUGAAGAUGUGGUAAAACAUACCCAAAUGAAGCCAAAGAAAGUGCUCGGCUGGAUUCUAAAUGACAUGCUCAGUUAUUUGAACCAACAUUCCCUUACAGUAAAGGAAAGCCCAGUCAGUUCUUCUAUCCUGGCUGACCUUCUGAACCUUCUAGAAAAAAAGCAAAUUUCUUCUUCAGCAGCCAAGCAAGUGCUUGUGGAAUUGUGGAAAGGAAAAGGGAAGACUCCUCUUGAAAUUGUUAAAGAAAAGAAACUUGAACUGAUACAGGAUCAAGAAGCACUUGAACAGAUCUGCCAGGCUGUGAUUGAUGGACAAGAAGAUGAGGUUAUGGCAAUCAAGGCAGGAAAUCACAAAGUUCUGAACAAGUUAAUCGGCCUGGUACAAAGGAAAACCCAAGGACGAUCCAAUCCUGUUCUGGUGAAGCAACUGUUAGAGAAGAAGCUGUUAGGGUAGCCACAAGAGGGAAAACCCAUACCAGCAUAUACACAAGACAUGCACUUCAUUCUAUCUGGUUCACUGCAAAUGAACUUCCAUGCCUCCUCUCGUAGCAUCAGGAUUGCUGCUUAUACUUCAAGUAGCGCUGUGGCCUGGCCUGGCCCAGCCUUCCCUGGGUGCAGCAGCCAAAGGCAGAUGAGAAAGAGAACAACAGGAAGCGAUACAGUCAUUUUCAUCUCCCUAGCAUCAGUGUGGCCUUCAGAGAUGCGAUUUCCUCACAGCCAUGGGAAACAAGUUCCCAAAGUGCCCAUGAGUAUGCAGGGAGCUGCAGCUGUAUUGGUUAGUUUUGUAGUAAGUCAAGUGUCAACUUGG